CGAGGAACGUCGUCUUUGACGGUCAGAUGCAGUCGCGCAGCAAAAUUAGUCGUCAAUCCGCAUUGCAUAAAAGACAACGUCUUGUGGAAUUUUAACUUAUUUCAAUAAGAGUAGCGGUUGACAAAUUUCAUCAAUCUUUACGAAAAUCGCUCCAACAUUUCCCGUGUUUUAUCAAAAUUAGUGAAUAACAAAGGGUCAAUAAUUACUGAAAGUGUUACACACAUGGUGAAAACUAUUAUGACGUCACAGGCUUCGAGAUUAUUUAAAUUUUUGUUCAAGUUUCUCGUAAUUACGUUAGUAAAGUGUUAGUAAGGUGAUAUGUUAAGUCGAUUUGGUGAAGUUGAACCGUUACUUUGAUCAAGACUCAGCAUUAUUUCAAAAAAUUUUAACCAAGUUAUGCGAAAUUCGUUACGGUUUUGAAUCAGUGUUGAGUUUGGAUUCUUUUAGAAUAACUCGGUGAUCUCAAAUCACAUGAAAUUGCCUACAGCCAUUUAACGUCUUCAGAAAUUAUUUGCAGACACGCAUAAUUGCAGCCUGCAAUCAAGGCUUCAAUGAAUUUAUCCAAAGUCACAAGUAUUCAUGAUCUAUGGUUGCAAUUCCAGUAAAGUCUUUCGAAAUAUUCUUUAUGAUACCUACGUCAGUGUUGAAACGCGUUGUUGUAUCCUUUGUCUCCGGAAGCUAGCUAUGUGGUCACAAGGAACUGAUAAGAACACGCAAAGUCUACGGGACAGUAAAACUCUUCUUAACGGAUAUCUCCCAACAAUGAAUUCCUUAACAUUGUAAAGUGUCAAUAUUGUUCUAAAUACCGGACAUUCCUCGAUAACGGACAAUAAUUUUAGUCCCGAAGAUACCCGAUAUUGGGAAGUUUAACAUGAAAACUUUUAACAUUAUCUCAAAUUUCUACAGAAUUAACCGCAGGAGUUGGUCUGAUGCAUGACGUCUAGCUCCAGACGGUCUUUCCAUGACCGUAUAACAAGACGGGAGAAUAAAGUAUAACGUUAAAAAUACGUCAGCGUAUUUUAAACGGGAAAAUUCCGUCACGCGAUUGCAAAUAAAUAGCAUAGCAGUUACAACGGUGUAUUUUCCAUGACCUUUUCCGAGGAACUUUUCAAUAAAAAUGCAUUAGAACUUUGCAAUAACUCGUUUGUUUUUUUCCAAAUUCGUUACCGGAAUGGAAUGGCGAGAUAUUCCAUUUCAAUACUGACGUACUAACUUCUACGUCGGAUUGCAACUUGAAAGUUGAAUAAUGAGGCAAAUCCGUUCGAGUUAAUUACAAGCUGGCUGAAUACUCAGUUGUUAAACUUCCGCAAACCUCCAUAUAAAUAUCAUCCAACAAUCUUUGAACGAUCAGAACAAUCGUAACCAGUGAGAUAGAAUUAGCACCACGUUUUCAGUCCAAGCAUUUUCAACUGUUUGUAGGAAGCAUUUCCGUAUCAGAGGUGGAAAAAAUAUUUUCCAUUUCUUUUUUUGCAAAAUACAUCUUGUCUCUGAUUUGCUAUAGGGUGUGUAAUUAUUCAUGUGUCUGCUAGGGUGGUUACGGUUCAUUCCUUAACGAGAAACGCAGUUUUAUUCAUCGUUUGAACUGCAGGAUUCGUUGAGAUAAUCCGUUUCGUCUGCUUCUAGUGAAACACAGUGAUCGAUUUGUAAUUCCGAAGUGAACAAUUGCAGUAGACUGGACUAAGUCCGUUUGCUUGGUUCUCGUUAACGAGUAUCAGUCACUGGGUCAUUUGUAUACUGGAUUAAAUGCAACGGACCAGUGAUACCCUCGAUCCCGAUAUCUCAAGUGAACGUUGAAAAUAUUACUCAUGACACAUAAAAUCUUUCUGAGUUACGCGAGGAGUUCACGAGACGGUUCGAAGCUGUCAAAACAACCGAUUUGUUAAAGAGGCUUAAAUUGUUCAUCCGCAGUGCCUUUAACGUUCCGUAAAUAAUUGUUAACUAAUAACAUCAGUGUAAUUUAGUGAGUAAUUCAAGUCAAAAUGUAUUCGUUAAAUUUCCUACUGCUGAUCCUUGCACUUGUCGUACGUUUUGACCAAGGUGUUACUGAAACAAGUUGCAUCGCGAGUGCAGGCGAGCCUCACCUUUUAUUUUACUCUAUUUUUACCAACGCGUCUGAAGUCGACUUCGACGUUCCUUCAACGCUUCCUGUCAAUGCCUCGUUGGAUACGGUUUUCAUUAUACACGGAUUCUUGAGCCACGCGACGAAGGACUGGGUAAAUGACACUGUGUCAGCUCUUUUGCGAAACCAACCGAGGAAUAUCUUCGUGGUCGAUUGGAGAAUCGGAGCUUGUACUGAGAGCAGUAAAUAUCUGAUAUUGAAGACAUAUGGCGCGGCAGCUGAAAACACUAAAGAAGUCGGUCAAUCCGUAUCCAGAUACAUCGAAAAGCUCGUCGACAAUUAUUCCAUUCUGCCGAAAGAUGUGUGGAUCAUAGGACACAGUUUGGGUGCCCAUGUCGCUGGAUUUGCAGGCAAAGAUCUCCAGUUACGCAGGCGAUGGAAACUAGGACGCAUUACGGGACUCGAUCCUGCUGGACCCAAAUUCAGAGAAGUAGCCCCUGCCGAUCGUCUGGAUAAAAUGGACGCUGCGUUCGUUGAAGUGACGCAUACAUCUUCGUUGCUUGGUCUUCAGGAACCCGUCGGGCAUGUCGAUAUUUAUUUUAAUGGUGGUGAAUUCCAGCACAGCUGUUUACUCAGGACACCUGGCUGCUCGCACGCGAGAGCUAUCGACUUUUAUAUCGAAGCCAUUAGAAAUUCGAAUUGUAAUUUCAUAGGAAGGGCAUGGUCAAAGGAUAAUGGGUAUAAAAAUAUGACGAAGUCGGGACGCAGUGAAGAUUUAAUGACAGUGGUCGGACCCAUGGCCGAGAAAUAUUCUGCACAGGGGACAUUCUACAUUGAAACUAAUAACGAAUCUCCCUACUGCACUGGGAAAUCGCCAACUUCUGAUGUUGCGGUAAUACCUGCCGAUAACAGUCCUCUGGAUGAAAAUUUAUUCGAUAGUCCAUUUUUUUGAAGCAAAAGAUAAUUUUAAUGUAACUGUCUAAAAGUGAGCCGAGAGCCCUAUAACACUAUAAAAUAAAAUUCCAUUAUACACACACAA